ACUCAUUGUUCUGCACGUUAACCUCACCACCCUCUGCGAGAAUGCUGCCGCUGAAUAAACCAUGCCUGAGAUCAUACUGCCACCUGCUGGGGGGUCCCUCUCAGAGAGCUGGUUGGCUGCUCUACACACGGAUGGCUUCUCAGGGUAGCAUGCAAAGCCAUUCAUAUGGCUGAAUAUUUGCAUAGAGCUAAUGCCCUGUAGAUGUUCUUGUGUUAUUUGAUAGUAGCAGACAAGCUGUCCCGCCGUCUGUUCGUCUGUGAGGGAACCGUUUGGUCGAAUGUUUGUCUCAAAAUCCCCAAUAAACUCCUUAAAAACUUGAAACGAGAACCCCUUACAACCGCAUCCCCUCAACUUUGAAGCGGCAGUCGCAGUCAACCCUUCCUCCUCCUGUCCCCGCCUCUCUCCUCAGCCUACAUGAAACGGCGCCACAGCUCGGUGAGCGAGAGCCAGGGCGGCGACGGGGGCCUGUCGGGGGGCGACUUCAGCCAGGGCGGCAGCCCCCAGCACGGGGCCCACCUCCACCCCCAGCAGCAGCCGCAGCAGCAGCAGCCGCCCCAGCAGCACCUGAAGAAGCCCCGCGUGGUGCUGGCCCCCGAGGAGAAGGAGGCGCUGAAGAGGGCCUACCAGCAGAAGCCAUACCCCUCCCCCAAGACCAUCGAGGAGCUCGCUUCCCAGCUCAACCUCAAGACCAGCACCGUCAUCAACUGGUUCCACAACUACAGGUCUCGCAUCCGACGGGAGCUGUUCAUCGAGGAGAUCCAGGCGGCGGCCGGCGAGGGCGGCUCUCCGUCCACCAGGGCGGGCAAGGCCAGCGAGGGCGACAGCUGCGACGGUACGGAGUCGGACGGCACGGUGGAGGGCCGCCCCGGCCCGGAGCACGCGGGGGGCGGCGGUGGGGGAGGAGCCUCCGAGGGGGAGGGCGGGCCCGACCACAGAGACGACGGCGGCGCGGCCGGCGCCGCAGGUACCAGCGGCCACCACAAGGGCGGCGCCCUGGACAGCCUGUUCAGCUUCCCGGACGGCGGCCAUGUCUCCGCCGCCGCCCGCAAUCCCCGAGACAGCAGCCUGCGCAAGAAGAAAGCGGCCAACCUGAAUAAUAUCAUCCACCGCCUGGAGAAGGCCGCCAGCAAAGAUGAGCCCCAUGAAUGGGAGUUCUAAUACAGGCCCUCACAGCCCAUACACCUGGGAAGAAAGAGUUGCUAUUUUUCUAGUGCCCUGACUGCACAGUCCAAGGCCAAGCCUGGUGCAGCGCUGCCAGAUGAGAACUGGCGUCUUUUAAGACUUUUUUCAUAUCAAAGAGGGUGUCAAGAUUUUUGGGGGGAGUUGAAACAAACCGACGACAACAACCUGGUUUUGUUUCGGAUUAAUCAAAAGCACUUAAGACAGCCCUGCUGGCCACAGGGCCUGAACACCACCGGCCAAAGGUGCGAAAGAGACGAGAGAGAAUGCGCUACUCACAAAGAAGCGGCACUUCACAGGAGAAAACUGUCUAGAAAAGCAAUUUUGUGUUUUAUUUGUGUUUGUGUGUGUGUGCGUGUGUGUUUGUGUGUGUUUCCCUUUGAGAGAUUUAUCGCCACCUCAAAGUUUUUUUAACCUUGUUCGCUCAGUGAGUUUUCACCACAUCAAGCAGACUAAACUGUUACAAUGUUCCUCACCCUUUUUUUCCCUGUUUUCUAUGGGGUUCUACUCCAUUGCAGUUGUUUGACGUCUUCUGUAAGGACUGUCCGAGAGAAGUUGCAUCAAAAAGCCAAGCGCUCAGGAACUAGCGCUUGCAAGACAGAGGAACGUACGUUGAACCCAACCUUCCCUUCUGAGCCCCAAAAGUCACCAUCUAAUGGUGAUGGAACUCUUAAUACGCUAUGAACUACAAGGAAUCUACUUUUUUUUCUCAAAUUCUUUUCUCCUAUGGGAAAGAAAAAAACAUCACCUUUUAUAGCAAUUUGGUUGCCACUAAGAGAUUGCACAGUCGGUCGACUCUAAACAAUGCUAGUUUUGAUUCCUGAAUAUUUGGAAAAAAGUGAAAAUACUAAUUAUCAGUUGUUUGAGAAAAAUGGUGAAGAAAUAUCACUUUAAUUCACAAUUUUCUGCGUUCACCAUAGAGAUGCAACGGUCAUGUCGGGAAAAAGGUAAAAAUCUGAAAAAAUUUGUGGUAGCUGACUUAGUGUUUUCUCGUGAGUGAUCUAGAAGCUCUUUGAAAAGUAGUGCACAUUUCUUUCAUAGCUUUAACUGACUUCUGGAGACGCCAUUUUGGUGACUCCAGCAGUGUUUGUUUAAUACACUCCAUUUUAGGCCAAAAUCAGGUUUGAGAAAAAAAAAAAAAAAGACAAAGACAAAAAACAAAGGUAUACAAGUUUGUGGAAAAAAGAGAACUCGUGUUCAGUCAAGAUAUUUUUGAAAAGAAAAUAACAGAAUCUGCUUUUUAACCUCUUUAACCACAUAAACCACACUAUUGAGACCUCAGAACUGGGGGCGGGCAGUGGAGCCGAUGGCCACUGCGCUUCACAGACUGGCCCUCGGAGGAGAGGCUUGCGUUUCAUUGGGUGAAAAAGCCAGGAGAUGCACAGCUCACUUUACUGUAUAUUCCAAGCUUCAGGCUCUCUAUCUCUCCACUCUUUACCGGCAGUUGUGUGUAUAUAUGUACAUUGUAAAAACAAAAGACAAGAAAAGCGAGGAAGUCUGAAGGGAUCCCAGGAGUCCUUGUGUGCGGCGCACUGAGAUGGAGGCCGACAGAUGACCUCGCUCUGGGCGUCCACAGGCAAGAUGGGACUGACCACGGACAAGCCUAUCAAACGUCACUCCGUUAAAGCCCUCUGACAUAUAUUCUCCUGGUGCGGCCAUUUUGCGUCGCUUCGAUGUCAAGAGAUCAAGUGUACCAAACUGUGCCAAGCAAUAUUAGUACAAUGUUCGAUCCUGACAUGAACGAUCGGUACCAAAACUAACAUCCAAAGUACUGGUGCGGCAUCUCCGAGCAGUCAUCAUUUGCAAGCUUCCGUGACUACCUUGUGUGAC